CCCACACACCACACCACACACCACACCACACACCACCGCUCCUGUAGAAUGACCGUCGGUGUGUCCACUGCUUGAGGAACGAGUGAGAUCAGUGUCAUGGCGUUGGGGACCUCUUCUCUGCCCCACUGGUUACUGGGGACCCUUCUGAUGGCUGUUGGAGAUUUAGGUCACUCCUCCGAGCUGACUUUCACCCUGGAGCCCAGUGAUGUGAUUGCGGUCGAAAGCCACCCUCUGAAGCUGCAUUGCCAGGUGGAGGGAAUGGAGCCUAUCAGCAAGUCCUGGAGGAAGAACGGCAUCCUACUGUCCGACAGCGAGCGCACCACACUGCUCGCAAACGGCUCACUCUACAUCACAAGCUUCCAAUCGCUGAGAGACGAUGGGUCCUCGGAUGAGGGUGAAUACGACUGCACCGCCCAGAACCGCCUGGGUCUCCUGGUCAGCCGCAAGGCCAAAGUGCAGGUGGCAACUCUGUCCCCAUUCCACGUGCAGCCUCAGUCAACGGUGGUGGAAGAGGGAGGCAUCGCUCGAUUUCAAUGCCAGAUUCACGGUUUACCGGACCCUCUGAUCAUGUGGCUGAAGAACCGCAGACCCAUUGAUGCGCGGAACGACAGGUUCACUCUGCUGCCCACGGGGGUGCUGCAGAUUACAGGGGUACGAGAGGAGGACAGCGCAGUUUACCAGUGCGUGGCAGCAAACAGUGCCAGCACUAAGUACAGCGACGAAGCCAGCCUCGCAGUCUCAGGAUCUCACUCGAACGUUUACAAGGAGCCAACUAUCCUGGUCGGUCCCGAGAAUCUCACGCUGACGGUGCACCAGACCGCUGUCCUGGAAUGUGUCGCGACCGGAAAUCCCAGGCCCAUCGUCUCGUGGAGUCGUCUGGACGGACGGCCGAUUGGGGUGGAGGGGAUCCAGGUGCUGGGCACGGGAAACCUGAUGAUCUCUGACCUGUCGGUUCAGCACUCUGGGGUCUAUGUGUGUGCGGCCAAUAAGCCAGGGACCCGCGUGCGGAGGACAGCACAGGGGAGGCUGGUGGUGCAAGCGCCGGCAGAGUUUGUCCAGUUCCCUCAGUCCAUCUCGCGGCCCGUGGGCACCACAGCCAUCUUCAACUGCCUGGCCGAAGGCGAGCCCAUCCCCCAGCUCACCUGGCUGAAAAACGGUGAAAUCCUGGCGCCCAGCGAACACGUCAAACUGAAAAACAACAACAAUACGCUCACAAUAAAUGGCAUCUCUCAAGCGGAUGAAGCGAUCUACCAAUGCAUUGCCGAAAACAAAGCCGGUUCCACCCAGGCCAGCGCCCGGCUGACGGUGCUGUGGGCAGAGGGGCUUCCAGGACCCCCUCGAGAGGUGAAAGCCAAAGCUCUCUCUGCCAACGCCAUCCAGAUAUCAUGGAGCAAGCCACUGGAGAACACGCGAGACAUUAUCGGUUACGUGCUACACAUCAGGAAGGCUGCAGAUCCUGUAGAGAUGGAAUACCAGGAGGCUGUGAGCAAGAGCACCUUGCAGCAAGUGGUGACUGACCUGGAGCCCUCGACCGGCUACACCUUCUAUAUCAAGGCUUACACCUCGAAAGGAGCGAGCAAGCCAUCCGAACCAGCCAGCAAGAGCACACUGGGGGAAGUCCCAGCAAUGCCGGCCCUAUUCAUCAAAGUCCUGAACAGAACAGCCAUACAGGCUGUGUGGGAACCGGCUCUUAAACUCAACCAGCACCAAGGCUUCAAGCUGUACUAUCGCAAGGUUCAUGGGAAGCACUUCACUGGGCCUGUGCUCCUCCCAGGGAACGUGACGUCCUACAACAUAACUCAUCUGGAUCCAAUGCUGGCCUAUGAAAUUAAGGUUCUGGCAUUCAACCGUCACGGAGAUGGAAAUUUUACUGUGCGCUAUGUGGCCCUGCAGGACGCUCUGGACAGACAGACAGGUGCAUGCGACUGUGCGAGCGAGGAGAACAGCAGGACCUCAACCACCGGCAUCAUCAUUGGGACCCACAUCGGCAUCACCUGCAUUAUCUUCUGCGUCUUGUUCCUCGUCUUCGGAUACCGUGGAAGGCUGCUGAUGUGUAAAAAUGUUGAGGACCAUCUGACCACUCCUCAAGUGCCGCCCAGGCCCCAAAGAAACUCACAAGGACUGGUUCUGAACGGUGGUCCACGGAGAAGUAGAGAAGAGUUCACCUCCAGUAGGAAGAUGGGUGACAUGAAUGAGCUGGAAAGACUGUUUCCUACACCAACAUCCAUUGAGCAACCGCACAAAGGAAUUAUGUCUGGUAACCGGUCUCCUAUGUUGGACGAGCGACCUAGUCUGAUCUGCCAGAAUUCUGCCUUUCCUCUGGACGAGUUCAUUGUCACUCAGGAACAGCACACGUCCUUUGAAACGAUUGUCCAUUGUUCAAUAGAGCAACCGGAUUCAAGUGCGAAUCACCUCAACUCCAUACACGACUGUGACCCACCCAGUACAGAGUGAACCUUUGAGAGAGGCCAAGUCUUAUUGCCUAACCUGUAGGGUUUAUUUUGAAACUGGACCUCACCUGCAGAUGAUCCUCAUUUUCCAACCUGAUGGUAUCUAUGCUCGGACUAUCCAGCUCAGGUCAUCUCCCAUUUUAUAAUGGACUUCAUGAAGCUUGCAAAGGAUUAAACCCAUCUGUAAGACUCCUGCAAGACUCGGGCAUGUUUUAAUGAAGACACGUGAGUUUAUCCAUGGAAUUUACCUACAAGGGAUGCAUUUUCAGGGCUUGACCUGACUUCCAGCCAUUUGCAGUGUUCAUCAGCUAAUGGCCUGCCACCUGUGUGUCUGACUGUGCAACCACAGGACGGAUGCAAUGCUACUGCUAACCUCAACUAAACACGUGGCAGGUCAAUUUGCAGGGAUUAGAUGGAUUUCACAAGGUUAUUAAUCUCAGGACACCGUGUUCAUUCACUUUCCAGUGGUGGAUUCGUAUAACAAAAAACAAUAAUAUUAACUAGUGAGGCCUACUCGUAGGCUGCUGACAAACUUGUGGGAAAAACAACUCAAAGAAACAUUUGAUUGAUAAAUUAAAAAAACCUACCUCAGCCGCGUUGAAUGUCUUCGGAGGAAGCUGCUCAAGAUUAUGGCGUCUUCCUUUCCUCAAGUAGAAUAGCACUUGGUCAGUACUGUUGCAGGACUACCUCAAAGUCUCACUCUCAGCUGCCAAUUUUGUCCAGAAGAAGGAAAGAGUAAAAAAAAGCACUUCCAAAUAUAAAGAGAAACAUUCUACCUCAGAUUUUAUAGAACGUCAUUUUGUGUCACAGGGAUCUCUUUCCCUUCCAUUGGUGUCCGUGAGGAUUCUACAAGCCUCUCGCCUGCUCUAGGAAGAGGCUGUGGGAUUGUAAUGGUCAUUUUUUUUGUAUGUUAUACUGUACAUAGCCGCGUCUUAUGUGUUUGCGUUAUUUUUUACAUGACAAAAGCGUCUAUUCUUGAUGGUCGUGUGUUGAAGCAGAUUAGAGAAAUGUUUUAUCAAUGCUCCUCGCUCCGAAACCUCACCAAAGACAUGUGUUAUUUUGUUAAAAAUGGACCAGACCCUGGAUUUCCAUUUAGCUCCAAAACAUUUUUUAUUUGUAGAUCCAGCUGUUUGUACUCUCAUGGCCACUGAGGGCCAGAUCGCCUCAUGAAUGAAAGGGAUGGCAAUGUCACCUCGUCAGUGAUGAGUCCAACAUCCAAAAUCUGACUCCUGCCAGACCUCUGAAAUGUCCCAGAUGUUCAUGUUAACGUUCAAGGUGAAUCGCAAACCUUGGGAAGAGAUCAUUGACUGUAUCGGCCAUCUCCCUCGGUUCCUACGUUAUGUGGGGUUCCGGAUAAAUAGCAGCCAGCCAGAUGUUCUGGAAACACCAAAUUGACUGCCAUAUUGGGAUGCAACGACAAAAGAGUUUUGUGUUUGACUGUGUGCGCGCCAUUACCGAAGAGCCAUAAUGCAAAGAAAAGACUAUGUGUCAGAAGCCAACGGUGGGAAUGGUGGUGGAAUAAAGGAAAAGGAAAGUGGAGAUCGCAGACAAAGACAAUAAUGGUAACAAGACUUCCAACCUCCCCUUCCCCCUCCCCUCUCCCUUUCCAUGUCACGCCUCAGCCUAGGCUGGUUGGUUGACUUUCACACGGACAUGUCUAAAAUGCACCAGUGAUGGACUGUACUCUGAACCUUAACUUAAAUCUUCUCUCCUUUGAUGGUUCAUAGAUUGUCAGUUUUACUCUUGCACUGGAUUUCAGGGGUGACUUUGAUGCCCUUGUGCUUGUUUUCCUUCGCAUAGGUGGCUUUGAUGCCCAUCUUGCUCUCUCUCUCUCUGCUCCAUCUGGGUGGUGGCGACUUGUGUGUGCAGUUGUUUUCUGGUUAGAAAUGGAAAUUACUUUGUGGACAGCUUCCAUUGAAGCCUUAUUCUUCUGGUUAUAUUAGAUGGCCUAUAGCCAGUUAUCUACCUCAAUAUGAACAGGCUUAUCUUCUAGGUAACAUUGAUUUCAAUGUUAUCCCCAUUCCACUACCUGUCGUUUUCCCCCACACCCCCAUCUUAUAAAGUUCUAUCCCAAUGAGCAGCCUUUUUUUUAUAAUGUAAUAUCUGUACCAGUUCCUCAUUCAUUACUGUAUUUACUCAUUAACAGCACUGAAAGUAGCAUUUGUGAUUGGGAAGCAAUUCUUACCCAGCGUUAUAGCUAGAAAGAAAUUGUUGAGGGCACUCACUGAACAAGGAAGAGAGGAAAAGAAUUCAACAGAGCACUGUUUGUGGGAAAGUGCUGUGUGUUUCACGUGGAAGAUAAUGCUUUGCUUUGCAAGUUGCGUGUUGAACAUGGUUUGUGCUGUGCUUAUCCAUCAUGCGCCAUGUCGGGUCAAUGCAUGGACAUACUACAUUUAUUAUGUCCAUUGGACAUGUGUUCCAUCACUAUGUCUAUUGGACAUGCUACAUGCCAUACCCACGUGUGUGGGACAUAACCAUUGGGCACACAACACGCCAUAUUCAUUCCUGUUGGGUACAGAGCCUGCCAUACCAGUUAGAAUGCUGUGUGCCAUACUCAAGCCUGUUGAUUUGUGGCCAGCAGCUGUCUUCCCUGAUCAUUUCCUAGUUGACAAUGCUCAGGGUGAUGGCUCACUCAGGGACACAUCGCUAUCCUUCCUUUGUAGUUCAGUGCAAAGUAGUUUUGUGAUGACAGGGUAUUUUCAUAUGGCUGGAUUAAAAGUAUUUAUUUGUUAAGUUUUUCCUCUCUUUUGCUCUCUUAUCGGUGAAGAAACAAUUGGGCGCCACCUUAAUGCUUGGCCACUUCUGGGUUUAGCCCCUCUGACAACAACGGCCGAGGAUCUUUAAGGCAUUGGAAACGUAGCUGGGAGCACAAGGUUGAUGUAUUUGACGGUUUGUAUCACUCAGCUGUCUCUGAGAAUGAAUCGAAGCAGCUUUUGAAGAAUAUUAGGUCAACACACUUAUAGAUUAGAGAUGGUCAGGUCAUUAUAGUCUUAUCAGGACAGUCUGCCUCCUCAUCACAGUGCAUCAGAUGCUCCGUACAGUAAUGAAAACUUUUAUAAGUUUUUUUUAAAAGUGUGAGGGGAGAUGGGGUUAGGAUGGGUAGGGUUUUACCCACUUUAUUCUGUGAAAAAGUGACUGGCCAAAGCCUUCUUCAUCUAAACAUCACUGGUGAUGUUGUGCAAACAGAUUUUGGUUACAUUUUGAAAAGGAUUUCUCCAGAUUGUACAAUAUAUUUGUUAUUUUGGUUCUUACCCCCCCCUCCUCCCCCCCCCGCCCCUCCUCACAC